GCGGCUUGGUCGGGGGCUGCGCGUCCUGCGGAGCCCUGCGGACGAGUGACUCUGCCCGAGCCUCGGGGACGGGGACAGGGGCAGGGAGGCUCGGCCUGUCGGCGGCCGCCCGCGGGCUCCGCGCACCAUGAGCUGGUGCGGCAGCGGCGAAGGGUGGAGCUGGGCUCCCUUCGUGGAAGGUCCCAGUACUUCCAGGCAGCAGAACCAGCCUCAAGGGCACUAUGGACUUACCUCUCCAAUUAGCUUGGCUCCUCCUAGUGAUAAAGACCACGUUCAUACUCAGAAGCUGAUUGAAGCAAUGAAGCCAUUUGGGGUGUUUGAGGAUCAGGAAGAGCUCUAUCACAGGACAACUGUUCUUGGUAAACUGAAUAACUUUGUCAGAGAAUGGAUUUCAGAACUUGCUGAAAGCAAGAAUCUUCCCCCUUCAAUAACAGAACAAGUUGGUGGCAAGAUAUUUACAUUUGGUUCCUACAGACUAGGAGUGCACACCAAAGGUUCGGACAUUGAUGCCCUUUGUGUUGCUCCCAGUCAUGUGGAAAGAUCAGAUUUUUUUCAGUCAUUCUUUGAAAAACUGAAGAAUCAAGGGGAAGUGAAAAACCUGAGAGCCAUUGAGGAUGCAUAUGUACCAGUUAUCAAAUUUGAGUUUGAUGGCAUUGAGAUUGAUCUGGUGUUUGCAAAGCUGUCUUUGCCAACGGUUUCUGAUGAUCUCGAUCUCAGGGAUGACUCGUGCCUCAAAAGCCUGGAUAUAAGAUGCAUACGGAGCUUGAAUGGCAGCAGGGUUACAGAUGAAAUACUGCGCCUGGUGCCCAACCUGGAGAACUUCCGGCUCACGCUCCGUGCAGUUAAGCUGUGGGCAAAACGACGUGGUGUUUACUCCAACAUCAUGGGAUUUCUUGGUGGAGUCUCCUGGGCAAUGCUGGUAGCAAGAAUAUGUCAACUCUACCCGAAUGCUUUGGCCUCUACUCUCGUUAACAAGUUCUUCUUGAUCUUUUCAAAAUGGGAUUGGCCAAAGCCAGUGUUGCUGAAACGACUUGAUGAGAGCUUUCUUAAUUUGCCAGUCUGGGACCCUAGGGUGAACCCAUCAGACCGGUACCACGUGAUGCCCAUCAUCACCCCGGCCUAUCCACAGCAGAACUCCACAUACAACGUGUCUGUGUCAACACGAGCAGUCAUGGUAGAGGAGUUCCAACGUGGUCUUGAAGUUACAGAUGAGAUCCUGAAAGGAAAAUCAGACUGGUCAAAGCUCUUUGAACCACUGAACUUCUUUCAGAAGUACAAGUAUGUAUGA